AUGAAGGCCCUGCGAAUGCUGCUCUUGGUAUCCAUCCAUCUGAUCGCACUCCAUGGCCACGUGGAAUUCAACAACCUGCGCUGCGUGGUACGCGACAAGCGCUUCCUGACCUUUGAAUACUGCCACCUGAAGUCCAUCAAUCGCACCUACAAGUACGCCUCGCUGAAGAGCAAGAUCCAGCAAUUGCCAAUCGACAACUGCGUGACCCUGUUCCAGGUGAGGCUGCGGGAGAACAAGCGGAUCCUGUACAACUUCGACCUCAAAGUGGAUGGCUGCAAGUUUAUGAGGGAGCGCAACAACGUCCUCGCCAACUGGAUAUACCAGACCUUUGGGCCCUACUCGAACAUGAACCACACCUGUCCCUACAAUCACGACAUCGUUCUGGACAAGCUGCCGGUGCAGCACGUGAACAGGCUUGUCCAGUCGGUCAUUCCCGAUGGCAGAUACUACAUGAACAGCACCUGGGUGGUUAACAGCAUUCCGCGGGCCGAAAUCGUCCUUUACUUCACCAAGAGUUGA